AUGGGGUAUGCUCUUCGAGGUUUAUUCAAAAACGGGCUUUUUCACUCUGGGUCUCCAAAACAGCCCGAAUUGAGUGCUGCUGUGUCUGAAAAUGCUACAGAACCCCCGGCACAAGUGUCUAAAAAGCAGCUCAACAGCUCCAGCACGCUCAAUUCGAUCAGAGAAGAAGAGCGUUCUGUUUCGGGACUGCUUAUGGGCUCACAUUCAUCGAGAGAGAGCUCAGAGAGCUCUUCAAAAAACGUAAAAGGCGUAAGAUUGCGCGGUCUAAAAAAACGUAUAGCAAGUUUUCCCGAUUUGAAAUUUCGCUCCUCGUCUAGCGUUUCAAGCGCAGGAACGGACCAACAAGAUCUUAAUCCUUCAUUCAAAGAUGGCUCGGAGCUGCCAGGAAUACUAUCCAAAAAGUCGAAUGUCAGUCUAGCUCAGUCACCUAGCGCAAGCACUCAUUCGCUUGGAAAAUCCCCCGUCAUUAAUGUCACAUACGAAAACUACUCAAGCUCAGACGCAGGAUCGCCGAGAAAGCAGCGUGAAAGCUAUUUCAGUGAUCGUCGGCAUUCAGGAAGUCUUACGAAAAUAAACACAACGUCAUCUGGUGCAUCUUCACUGCGUGGAGGAAAGCAAACGAGAGUGAGGAGGAUGAUGAUGCGAUCAAACUCUGCUGACUGUCAGUCAAGUCUUAUCGCAAGUCAGACUAGCAUAAUCUCCAAAAGCAAUGAUGCCGAAAAAACUGAAGUGGCUCUGUCGGAUUCUGCUUCAUUCCGUCAACGUAGUCGUACAGUUGGAGCUUCUGAUUAUGAGAAUAAAGGUGUUCCUCUGAGAGUAAGCCUAGGGAAACAGAGAUUCAGAUCAAAUAGUGCAUCAAAAGACAAUAUAGUCACAGAGGUAACGACAGGAGGCGCGAAGAGCUAUUUGGCACCACCGGCGACGUCUAGUAAUUUAAAACAGCAGAAUGGCUCAAAGCAGUCGUUUUCGAGCUCAAGGAGAGGCAGCCUUUUAGUGACGGCUUUGAGCAGUUUUGUAACGAUGAGGUCGACCAGCGUUUCCAGUAGAUGUUCGUCACAGAGGGUGCUAAAAAACCUAGAGGACUAUCCAAAGGCUCCGGAACCUUUGAAUAAUGAAAUUGAAGAAGAAUAUCUCCGGACCAUUUCCUUUUACGAAAAGUUUAUUGGAGCGAUACUGGUGGCCGAGGACAACCAUUUUAAGCGAUCGUGUCUCCACCUGUUCUUGAAGACAGAAUUUGAUUUCAGUAUGGAACCACUCGAUAUAUCUCUUCGGAAAUUGGUUAUGUUCUUAGAGCUUCCCAGGGAAAGUCAGCAAAUUGAUAGACUUCUCGAUGAAUUCAGUAAGGUCUAUUACGAACAGAAUCGGGAUAAUUGCUACUGGAAAAGUGCCGAAGAAGUAUUUUUCCUUACCUUCUCUUUACUCAUGUUGCAUACGGACGCAUUCAAUCCCAACAAUAAAAUAAAAAUGACGAAGCAGGACUUCGUAAAAUUGAUGCGAGACGAUACCACACAGGACCGAUCCCCUGUGCCCAAAGAAAUUCUCGAAUAUCUUUUCGACAACAUUACAGCUAGAGAGUUCUCACAGUUUGACACUUCAUAUUUUUCAGAAUCAAAGACUUCAUACUCUGCUGAUUCUGAUAGCUCAGACUACGUGGAAGUUGUUUACUCACCAAAAAAAAUCAUUCAAGAUGGUAGCCUCCGCCGGUAUGAGAGCACGACUUCUUCAACUCCAAACUAUGAGAAUGUUUUAACGCCGCUACUGCAGUCUUGGCCUAACAGCGUUUCAACAGCGGGUCCGUCAACAACGAAGGGGGAUGCUAUUGACGUUUACUUCCAUAUCAUGAGUAAUAGCCUGCCAACUGUUCGACUGAAAUGUCAAAGGAAACCUUGCUCUGAUGAGUAUGACAUACCCGUUGAGGUGGAAAAACGAAGUUCACAGCAAUUGAAGUAUAUUUCAAUUAUACAAGAGCUUAAAGGAGGAUACUUACGUUUACCAAAGUCUUCAGUUGAAUUGAUUUUGGGUUCAAACAUCAUGAACAUCGCUCCAAGUGAGAAGGAAGACAACUUCAGGCAUCUCAAAAUUGUCCACAUGGGAUUUAUUGAGGAGGUGUCGAUCAAUCGUAAAUUCUCCAUUGUCGGCAACGUCAACAGGCUCGUUUCCAAGCGUUUUUUUGGAAUUUUAACAACAGCAUGCCUACUUCUUUUCAAUGACGCAGACUGGAUGGAACCGCAGCUAGAAAUUGAUGAAACCACGAAAAUAUCCAAUUACAUCAUUAACUGGCCGGCAUCUACCCAAGCUGCUCACAUUUUCCAUUGUGCGAAUCUUUUCGCCACAGAGAAGUAUGAGCCAAGUAAGAAUUUAAAAGCCGGGAACAGGUCCGAUGAGCCCCAUGGUAGUGGCUAUAACAUUAACCUUCACAGCAGUAACAACAUAUUUGUUUUCGCAUGUCCUAGCAAGCAAGACCGCGACAACUGGAUUGACGCGAUCAACACCGCUGCAGCAAUUGACAGCUGUUCCGUUUCUUUGGAAACCAUUUCAGACACGAUGACAAGCAUACCGAAGGUUAGCCCGGUCGAGAAGCUCGAGAAAUUUGAACGCAAUCGCUUGGCUCGCGAGAAUAAGUUCAUAGAUAUGAAGACGUUGAUUGAUCUUGUGAACAACACCGUACCGGUGAAUUCCAAGAUCCGGUCUUCUAUGGCGGAUUACUUAGCGCAGUUGGAAAGACGUUUUGGCUGGCUGAAAUAUGAGGCCCUUAGAAGCGACAAGCUUUCGGAAAUAUUGAAGCUUGUUGGUGCUGCUGCAAAAGACGAAGUCUUAGAAGGCAGCCACGACGAUUCCAUGGAUGCGACUUUCAUUUUCAGCGAGACGCUGGAACCCUGCGAUAGCUCCGAAAAUUCAGCUUUGGAUAUCACUUGCGAAUCCGAGAAACAUAUGCAAUGCUGA